AUGGCCACAUCAGCAAAUCUGGAUCUUGGAGCCCAGCUGAUAGUGGAAGAGUGUCCCAGCAGUUACAGUCUCACUGGCAUGCCAGACAUUAAAAUAGAACAUCAGCUGGACUCCAAUGCACAAGAAGGAUCAGCUCAGGGUGUUGCAAUGGGGAUGAAAUUCAUAUUGCCUAACCGAUUUGAUAUGAACGUGUGUUCUCGAUUUGUGAAGUCCUUAAAUGAAGAGGAUAGUAAAAAUAUUCAAGAUCAGGUUAACUCGGACCUGGAGGUGGCAUCUGUCCUAUUUAAAGCUGAAUGCAAUAUCCAUACAUCUCCUUCCCCGGGAAUCCAAGUAAGGCAUGUCUACACUCCCUCUACAACAAAGCACUUCUCACCCAUAAAACAGUCAACCACCUUAACCAACAAGCACAGAGGAAAUGAGGUCUCAACCACACCUUUGUUAGCAAAUUCUUUAUCUGUUCACCAGUUAGCUGCUCAGGGAGAGAUGCUCAUCCUGGCUACUCGUAUUGAACAAGAAAAUGUUAUCAAUCACACGGAUGAAGAAGGAUUUACUCCUCUGAUGUGGGCUGCAGCACACGGGCAAAUAGCUGUGGUAGAGUUUCUACUUCAGAAUGGUGCUGAUCCCCAGCUUUUAGGAAAAGGUCGCGAAAGUGCACUGUCUCUGGCGUGCAGUAAAGGCUACACCGAUAUUGUCAAAAUGCUGCUUGAUUGUGGAGUUGAUGUAAAUGAAUACGAUUGGAAUGGAGGCACACCUUUACUUUAUGCUGUACAUGGAAAUCAUGUGAAAUGUGUAAAAAUGCUCUUAGAAAAUGGAGCUGACCCAACAAUAGAAACCGACUCUGGAUAUAAUUCUAUGGACUUGGCUGUAGCCCUGGGGUAUAGAAGUGUUCAACAGGUUAUUGAGUCACAUCUGCUGAAGCUGCUUCAAAACAUCAAGGAGUAG